AGAGAGAGAGAGAGAGAGAGAGACUGUAGUCAGUACUCUCUAUCAUCACUCAGCAGCAGCAGCAUCAUGGCACCCAUCGGAUUAAAGGCGGUGGUCGGCGAAAAGAUCAUGAAUGAUGUGAUCAAGAAGGUGAAGAAGAAGGGAGAAUGGAAGGCUCUGAUUGUGGAUCAGCUGAGCAUGCGGAUGCUUUCUUCUUGCUGCAAGAUGACGGACAUCAUGACAGAGGGCAUCACAAUUGUCGAGGACAUAAACAAGCGGAGAGAGCCACUUCCCACCCUGGAGGCCAUUUACCUGAUCACUCCCACUGAGAAGUCUGUUCAGACUCUAGUCGGUGACUUCAAAGAUCCCCAUUCAUCCAAAUACAGAGCAGCUCACGUGUUCUUCACUGACUCUUGCCCUGACCCUUUAUUCAACGAGGUGGUGAAGAGUCGGGCUUCAAAGUGUAUCAAGACCCUGAAUGAGAUCAACAUCGCCUUCCUGCCAUACGAGUCGCAGGUGUUCUCUCUGGACAAUCCUGAUGCCUUCCAGAGUUUCUACAGCCCCCACAAGACCCAGAUGAAGAACCCGGUGAUGGAGAGGUUAGCUGAGCAGCUGGCCACACUGUGUGCCACACUGAAGGAGUAUCCUGCUGUACGAUACAGAGGAGAAUACAAAGACAACGCCACUCUGGCGCAGCUGGUGCAGGACAAACUGGACGCCUACAAGGCAGAUGACCCCACAAUGGGAGAGGGUCCAGACAAGGCCCGCUCUCAGCUCAUCAUUCUGGACCGGGCUUUUGACCCAGUCUCUCCUGUUCUGCACGAGCUGACCUUCCAGGCUAUGGGCUACGACCUGCUGCCGAUUGAGAAUGAUGUCUACAAGUAUGAGACCAGCGGAAUGGGAGAUUCUCGGGAGAAGGAGGUUCUGCUGCAUGAGGAUGAUGACCUGUGGGUGUCUCUGCGACACAAACACAUCGCUGAAGUGUCUCAGGAGGUGACAAAAUCCCUGAAGGAGUUCUCCGCUAGCAAACGGAUGAACACUGGAGAGAAGACCACUAUGAGGGAUCUGUCCCAGAUGCUGAAAAAGAUGCCGCAGUAUCAGAAAGAGCUCAGCAAGUACUCCACUCAUCUGCAGCUGGCAGAAGACUGCAUGAAGCACUACCAGGGCACUGUGGAUAAGCUGUGCCGUGUGGAGCAGGAUCUGGCCAUGGGAACAGAUGCAGAGGGGGAGAAGAUUAAGGAUCCUAUGAGGGCCAUCGUGCCUAUCCUGCUGGACGCCAACGUCAGCACUUACGACAAGAUCCGCAUCAUCCUGCUCUACAUUUUCCUGAAGAACGGUAUCACAGAGGAGAACCUGAACAAGCUGAUCCAGCAUGCACAGAUCCCUCCCGAGGACAGUGAAAUCAUCACCAACAUGGCUCACCUGGGAGUGCCCAUCAUCACAGAUUCCACCCUGCGCAGAGGGAAGAAGAUGGAUAGGAAGGAGCGCGUAAGUGAGCAGACCUAUCAGCUCUCUCGUUGGACCCCCUUAGUCAAGGACAUCAUGGAGGAUGCUAUCGAUGACAAACUGGACACCAAGCACUACCCUUACAUCUCAACUCGCUCUUCUUCCUCCUUCAGCACUUCAGCAGUCAGUGCUCGGUAUGGCCACUGGCACAAGAAUAAGACCCCUGGAGAGUACCGCACUGGACCACGUGUCAUUGUCUUCAUCAUCGGUGGCGCAUCCUUCAGCGAGAUGCGCUGCGCCUAUGAGGUCACACAGGCCAACGGCAAAUGGGAGGCUAUUAUCGGCUCCACCCAUAUCUUCACCCCUACUGUGCUCCUGGACGCGCUCAAGGCCAUGAACAAACCAGACGAGGAGCAGACAAGCUAAAAUCAUCCCCUCUCGCCACUUCCUGUUACCCCCAAUAUCCCCCCCCCCCCCCGCUCCUCCUAUGUUACUUGUGUAUGCAGCUUGCUUGAAAGAAAAAAAAGAAACAAUGGCAACAUUGACUAAAAAAAUUAUAUAUAUAAAAAUAUAUAUAUAUAUAAAUAAAUAUAUACACAUACAUAUAAAUAUAUAAAGUAUGUUCACAAACAGAAGAAUCAUUGCAAGUAUUCUCAUGUUUUACAACAAUGGAUGCAAACGACAACACCGCCGUCUAAAUAAGGUUUAAAUAUCCAUUUAAAGGCAAUUUAAAACUGAAAAGUACCAAAUGUAAUAUUAUUGUAUGCUAUGAAACCUGCUAGAAUGUGUAAAUGGUAAAUUUUUCUUUGGUUUAAUUUUCAUUUUUGUUUUUUUUCCCCUUCUCUUUGUUAUUCGGUGUGAUUUCUAAUGGCUGUGGGAGCGGGAGGGAUAGUACAGUGUGUAUGUGUGUGUGUGUGUGUGUGCGGCUGUUAGUCAUGAAGGGAAAAAAAGAGAAAAGAAUCCCAUUAUUCCUUCUCCUGCUACUUGCUGAACUGCUGUCCUUCUAAAGCUCUGGUUUUAGACUUUGUAUCAUGUUAGGUGUGCAUGCCAUGGAAUUUGCUUUGUGGCGGUUGAACUGAAAAAAGCCCCUCGUUGAUGACAUCUGUGUGAUUCUGACCGUUUCUGGACCGGAUAUCUGCUGGGACUUCAGUAAAAGAGAGAAGAAGCCAAAGCGAGCCGCUGUAGGUCAGAGAAUCAGCAGAUAAAACCUGUAUAUAGCUCCAAAGGGGAAAAAUCCAAAACGUGACCCUUCCUCUCCCCCCAAGCCGCCACAGGUCUGGCUGUAUUUACUUGCCACAACCCCACGACCCGUUCGACCCUUUUGUUUUGAUUGCUCUCACGUUUUAGUGUCAGAAAGGCCAUUGCUUGCAAAUGUUUGAAGAAUAUUCAAAAAAGGGCCAGUCGUAUUUCAGUAUUGUAUCCUGUCAGAUUAAGUCCUAUCAUUGGUUAGUAUACAAUGUUUAACCAGGCCAUGCACUGAGUAGCGUGUUGUUGUAUAUGCCAUAUGUUGAUGUUCUAACGUCUCACUGUUGACUGGUGAUAUUUCUGACUGUGAAGUAGUAAAAAAAACAUUUCCUUUUGAAAAAUGCAAAUGUGAAGCCAAUGUGUUUGUGGUGUUUUCGCUGUAGUUGUAGUAGUAAACUGGGAAAGAAUAAUAGCAGCUAUCUAUAUUUGGUUUAUUAGUCUGUUAGUCCGUUAGUCUGUUAGUUAGUUAGUUUAUCUUCUGGUGCAAUGUUAAAUCUUCCACUGGUGAAUGGCUUUGCAAAGAAACGUAACCCCCUAUUUAUAGAUUUUCUUUCUACUGUAUUUAUUUCUAUUUAUUCCUUUGUUCUGAAAAAACAGGUCGUGUUCUAUUGCACUACGCCUUUUUCCGUGACGCAGAUGCUUCUUUAUUCUCGUUUUGCUCUAUUUGUUUUGUUUUGACUUUAUUAUUUUGGUUUGCUGUUUGUUGUAAAGCACUGACUGUGUCUACUAGAUUUCUAUUACAUUUAUUUAUCAGAGAAAAUAUGAAUAAAUGAGAAAAGUUAGUCUGUCUUAAACCUGUUGAACUUGUUGAGCUGGGAUUUCAUGUUUGCGAGCGUCGAAGCACAAACUAAAGUAUAUAUAAUACUUGUGUACCAAUGUACUAAGGCUGUCUAAUAAAUUGGCUUCCAUUACA